UUCUCACAGCCUCGCGCGUACCCCCCGCACAACCACCACCGGAACCCUAGGAUCCGAGGAGAGAUGGGUCGCGUGAUCCGGGCGCAGCGUAAGGGUGCCGGCUCCGUCUUCAAGUCCCACACCCACCACCGGAAGGGCCCGGCCAGGUUCCGGAGCCUCGACUUCGGGGAGCGCAACGGGUACCUCAAGGGGGUCGUCACCGAGAUCGUCCACGACCCCGGCCGCGGCGCCCCGCUCGCCCGCGUCGCCUUCCGCCACCCCUUCCGCUACAAGAAGCAGAAGGAGCUCUUCGUCGCCGCCGAGGGCAUGUACACCGGCCAGUUCCUGUACUGCGGCAAGAAGGCCACCCUGGUGGUCGGCAACGUCCUGCCCCUCCGGUCCAUCCCCGAGGGUGCCGUCGUCUGCAACGUCGAGCACCACGUCGGGGACCGCGGGGUCUUCGCGAGGGCCUCCGGGGACUACGCGAUUGUGAUCAGCCACAAUCCCGACAAUGACACCUCUAGAAUCAAGCUUCCAUCUGGGUCGAAGAAAAUUGUGCCAAGCGGCUGCCGAGCAAUGAUCGGGCAGGUUGCUGGUGGAGGCAGAACUGAGAAGCCCCUUCUCAAGGCAGGCAAUGCUUACCACAAGUUCAGAGUGAAGAGGAACUGCUGGCCGAAGGUGCGUGGUGUGGCCAUGAACCCCGUUGAGCAUCCUCACGGAGGAGGUAACCACCAGCACAUUGGUCACGCGAGCACAGUCAGGCGUGACGCUCCACCCGGCCAGAAGGUUGGUCUCAUUGCCGCCCGGAGGACCGGUCGGCUCAGAGGACAAGCCGCCGCAACUGCUGCCAAGGCUGAUAAGAGUACUUGAAGAGAUAUCUCUGGUCAUUUUUAUUUGGUUUUCUGUUGGACUCGGUUUUGGGUAUUCUACAAUUAUAAUUCUGGGAAUUUGCGGAUGCAUUUUGUAGUUGAAGUUUUGCUCUGGUUUAAUGUAUCAGCUAGUCUUUUAUGUGCUGAUUGCCGUCAGAUAUGGUGUCGCA